UCCAGCAGAGAGGAGGACUACAGAAGUGUCCAGGUUAACAUGGAGAAAUCUGAAAAACUACCAGAACUGAAAGCGUUUUCCACCACAGAUAAAUCAGAUCAACUUUUGAGCCCUGAAGUCACAGUAAACCAAAUAUUUCAUACUAAUCCCCAUCAUGGCAGAUUCAUACCAAACUGCUGGGUGGAUGCAGAUUAUUUCUGGCAAAAAAGCCCUUGUAGAGUUGGACAAGUGAACCAAGAGUUUAGUCAGCCUGCUCGUGCUGUGCAGCAUAAAGAGCUGAUGCAGCACAGAGAGCCAGAACGCAGAGGGGCGACUCCUGACAGGAUGGACCUCCAUCAUCGACCUCUUUGUCCUGCAGGAACUGGGGAUGGUGCAGGGCCGGCGAACAGAGGCACAGCUAGGGAGGAGGAUGAACACAAUUUUCAGCUUCAGAGUGAUGAGGAGGAUCUUGAAGCUCCUUUGCCGCUAAGAUCUGAUGAUGAGUGGCAACACUACAAUCCCUUUCUACCUCCUCACCACUACAUGCACAACUGUGACCUUCAUCACACUAUGGAUGUCAGGUGUUAUCAGUCUGCAGGAGAAGGGCAGUACGACUUCAAUCCGGCCAGCAGAUACCCACCUCAGCCAUGUCACCACUCUGCUCCCUGUCGCCACAGAAGACCCUGGGAUGACCCCCAAAACUGGCUCCGAUCUCAUGAUACCUGUAUGAAUGACAGCAUGGCUCAGGUAAGCGUCUCAGUUAACGUGCCUCAGUUCUUCGUCCCCCCUGCGGAGGAGGUGUCGCAGGUCGGCGUGAUGAACCUGAGCUCAGCAGCAGCAGAGGCGUCCAGCUCACAUCCCCACGAGAGACGAAGAACUAUCAGUCUGCCCGACGAGUGCCGAAACGUUUUUAUAACUUAUUCUUCGGACCUUUCUUCAGAGAUAGUCCCCUUCGUGGACUUCCUCACAAAGCAAGGAUUUCGACCCGCUAUUGACAUAUUUGACAACCCCAUCAGACGCAUGGAUAUCAACAAGUGGAGGGACAGUUACCUGAAAGAUUCUUCAACCCUGAUUAUCAUCGCCAUCAGUCCAAAGUAUAAGGCGGACAUUGAAGGGUCUGUGCUGGAUAACCAUGGUCUACACACUAAAUAUAUUCACACCAUGAUCCAGAAUGAAUUCAUCCAGCAAGGCAGCUUGAAUUUCAGAUUCAUACCGGUUCUCUUCUGCAGUGCGUCACAGAAUGACGUCCCACGCUGGCUUCAGAACACACGUGUUUACCGCUGGCCGCGGGACACGGAGGAUUUAUUACUGCGGCUGCUCAGGGAGGAGAGAUACGUCCCUCCUCCUGUACCUAUGGAGCUCACCCUCAUCAUCAGGCCUGUGGCCCACAGCUCUGCAGCUACACUGUAAAGAAGACACACCUGUGUUUAUAUGUGUGUGUGUGUGUGUGUGUGUGUGUGUGCGUGCGUGAGUGCGUGUGAUGAUUUCUUUCUGAUGAUUUGUGUGUUGUGCAAAUCAAAUUCUCAGAACUGAUCCAGUCAAAAUCAACAACAGCUCUAAGAUAUGUUUGUAUGUAAUAUACAGUUGUUUUUCA